AAUCCAAUCUAUCAUGACUUUACCGGUUGCCUUGCUCAUCGCCAGCUACAAACAAGAAGUCAAUCAGCUCGAAAUUCGCGAUUUACUGGACGAAACCGACACCUCGCAAUUGGAAACUUUGGCUUGCAAAUGCAAACUGCAUCUAAACAGGAAGCAACUGGUACCGCCGACCAAAGAUUGCCUGUUUGAAGGAGUUACGCCUACUUCUGAUCUAGGUUCUGAUAUUUCUGAGAGCACCAACUCGAGUGGGUUGGUUUAUACGACAAAAUCUUAUUCACUGUUUUCCAAAAAGGAUCAGAUAGAACAUGUUCAAACUAAUGACGAUAUUGCUGAACAUCUGAAAGUGGUUUUGGAUCUGAUUGAAAAUGUAAAUGUACGCUUUACAAAUAGCUAUUUGUUUAAGGAAAAUGAAGAGAUUAAAAUAAAUUAUCAAGGGCGUGAUAUUUUGGAGUUGGGCAAAAAUCUACAAGGAGGUUUUCACGUGACGCACCCGGCAACUGGUAACGGUUAUUCGCCUUCAUUUUAUGGUUGUCUUGAAAAAGUUUGCACCAUAGACGAUUGUGGAUUUAUCGAUGUUUUUCCAUUGAGAUUGGCAAAUUGUUUAUCGAAAAUAUAA